AUGGCGGACACUUCCCCAGUGAAGCCCGACGAUCCAGAGCAUGCUACGGAGACGCAACCGCUCCUUCCCCGGACAGACUCAGAGCCACCGAAGGGUCCUGAACCCCGUAGCUUGUGGCAGACUGUUGCUUACAUUCUUUUGGCUAUUUUCAGCGCCGUUGUCUUAUCUUUUGCUGUCAAAGCAUUCAUCGACGCAGACGAUAUAGACUUUGAUUGGAGGAAGGCCUUCAAGACCGCACUUGGAGGAGGGUUGAGUGGUGCUGCGGCCAUGGUUAUCCAAGUUCUCACCCUCAUGCCGCUACGAACGGUCAUGAACUAUCAGUACCGUUAUGGUACUUCCAUGUCGCAGGCCAUCUCAACGUUAUACGCCGACGGAGGCUGGACACGAUACUACCAGGGACUUUCUGCGGCCCUGAUCCAAGGCCCGGCAUCCCGCUUCUUCGACACCGCUGCUAACGCUGGCAUUCUCGCCUUGCUCGACUCAAACACCGUCAUGAAGACGCUACCAUCUCUAAUCAAGACUAUCUUCGCCUCUCUCACCGCUGCGGCACUUAGAAUGCUCCUCACACCAAUAGACACCGUCAAAACCACACUGCAAACACAAGGAAAGCCUGGUAUGCGAAUUCUGCGCGAGAGGGUUAAACGAUAUGGUCUUGUCUCACUGUUCUAUGGCGCCUUUGCCACCGCUGCUGCAACUUUUGCCGGUCACUAUCCAUGGUUCGGCACGCUCAACUUCCUUGAGGCAAAUCUGCCUGCCGCCCACACGGUCCUCCAAAAGCUGCUUCGACGCGCGUUUAUUGGGUUCUGCGCCUCCGUGACAUCCGAUACCGUCUCCAACUCGCUUCGCGUCGUGAAAACGUACCGCCAGGUCAACGAAACCCGCAUCGGGUAUAUCGAUGCUGCGAAGGCGGUUAUUGCGGUUGAUGGGCUGAUUGGACUGUUUGGUCGUGGACUCAAGACUCGAAUUCUAGCAAAUGGGUUGCAAGGAUUGAUGUUUACCGUGCUUUGGAAAUGGUUCGAGGAUAUGUGGAAAGAGAAGACAUAA